CGACAAUCUUCCCCCCUUCCUAAAAGUAACUUUGUCUGGAUAGAUUACCAGAUUUCAGGAAGUUUGUCUGACAAGACAUGGAGGCAGACUUGUAAAUAUUCUGAAAGCACAGUCGUUAUUUUUAGUUGCUGCACGGAUGUUGCACUAUUGUUGUCUGAGUUUUGAUUCAUUGCAUUUGAAAAUAUUUCUCUAGGAGAAACAUUUGGCAAACAUAGGCUACUCUUAGACUUGAUUGGCCAUUUUGAAGGAAAAAGGGAGGUAGCGAGUUCUCUGUAUCUAGUUAAGUGAAGCUGUUGAGAGCGGUUAAAUUUAUUCGGCUUGGAACAACAGCAAUGAGAGGAUAAUGUUCAUCUAUGAAAAUAACAAAACGCAUACACACGGUCUCCUCACGCUACAUCUAAUAUUAUCGUUUAAUGAUGCCAUUUAUUUGUACGCUAUAUUUGAUAUUAAGAAAACCCCACUGGGGGCUCGAGGCACGCUGCCCAGUUGCAUUAGUAGGCUACCCUAGAAAGAAAACACAGCUGCUCCGUAUUAGCGUUCUCAUGUGAUGCACGUUUUAACCAGGAAUCAUUACGCAUUUCUUAUUUUCUAAAGAUUAAAAGAAUUGUUGAUUAAACGAGAACAUUAACAUGCAAACACAUUCAUGACAGAUGUAACCACCGGAGCAAGCACAAGGAACAACCGGCCAAUUAAAAUAUGGAUUAACUAAAGGGAUAUUUGACUACUAGACUAAUUGUGUGGCCUACAGGUUGGACGUGAUUCUCAGGCAUCAACACACACUCACAUCGCGAGGAUAUAGCUUCGUAAAUGGAGGGGAUUUUCGCAAAAGGAGUCCACCAGAAAGUUAAGACGGGGGAAUCACGAGAGGGGUACCAGAAAAUGAGGGUGCGACUGGGAUCCUUAAAGGUGCAGGAGGUCAUGGGAGGUCACCGGUCUUGUGACAUUGAGGAGCUUCUGAAACAGUCCCAGAAGGAGCUGCUCUGGAUCCAGAGGCAGUUGUCCAUCAUUGCGGACAGGAACUCAACGCACAGGAAGGCCAAGGAAAAGCUGAGAAGUGAAGUUUUGCCACUGCAGCUCCCAACGGCACAAAAUGUGGACCACUUCCAGCUUCUAGAAGACAAGAACCGUGCCCUCAAGCUCGAGGUCCUGACCCUCAGCCAGGAUAAACUGCAACGCAAGUUACUGGAGACAGAGGUUAACAAAAAACGGAAGGAGUGCGAAGCCCUUGAAGAGGAGGUGACGAAAAAGAGUCAAACAUGUCAGACGUUGGAGACUGAGCUCCAAGAUGUUCUUCAGGAGAAAAAUCGCCUGAGUCUUGAAUUGCUCACCCAUAGCCAGAAGGCAGUGCAAUAUGACCAGGUGAAGUCAGACUAUGAUCAGCUCAGAGAAACCCUUCUUGCUGUGACUCAGGAGAGAGAUUCGGCCCUGCAGGAGAAGAUCCAUCUCCAAGGCAAACUGGAGAACCUAGAGCAGGUGCUAAAGCAUAUGCGAGAGGCUGCAGAGAGGCGGCAGCAGCUAGAGUUGGAGCAUGAGCAAGCCUUGGCUGUUCUCAAUGCAAAACAACAGGAGAUUGACCUUCUUCAGAAGGCUCAAGUUGAAGCUAAGAAGGAACAUGAGGGUGCAGUCCAUCUUUUAGAGAACCACUUGGACAGCAUGCAGGCCAAAGUCAGAGAACUGGAGGAGAAAUGUCGGAUACAGAGUGAGCAGUUCAAUCUCCUGUCCAAAGAGCUGGAGAAGUUCCGCCUGCAGGCUGGCAAGUUUGACAUACUCAGCACCAACCCGUUGACCGUGUGUGAGUCACCCGGGUCCCCCAACAAAUCCCUGUUCCAGCUUCUCAACGGACUGGCCGCCCCCCUCGGGAAAGGCAAUGAGAGUCCAGCGAGCAGGUCGGUAAUAUCAGAGUUCAUCCGACCGCUGCAGAUAAGCGGAGACAAACCCGAGCUCCUGUCUGUCAAGCCAACAUUCCUCACCAGGAGUUCGGCCAGCAGCCCCAGACGGGCCUUCCUGUCCGAGAUGGACAAUGAACUCGGUUCCACGACCAGGUCCAAGGCCAGGUACACGGGGAAGGUCCGGCUCUGCAUCGCUCGGUACAGCUAUAACCCUUAUGAUGGACCCAAUGAGAACCCUGAAGCAGAGCUCCCCCUUGUGGCAGGGAAAUACCUCUAUGUCUACGGGACCAUGGAUGAAGAUGGGUUCUAUGAAGGAGAGCUGUUGGAUGGGCAGAGAGGCUUGGUCCCCUCCAACUUUGUGGACUUUGUCCAGGACGAGGAGCUGCCCCCUGCCCAGCCUGGGGACAGCGCCAAGGAGUCGGGCUACCUCAACCACAGCGGCAUGGGCCUGCAGGGCAUGGGCGUGAGCGCGGGCAUGGGGGUGGGCAGCCUCCUGUCCGAUGGAAAGCUGGACAGCCUGGGCAGCUUGGGCAGCUUGGGCAGCUUGGGGAGCCUGGGGAUGGACCUCUUCAGCUCCUGCAACAACGGGACGCUGGACGUCAGCAUCGACGAGAUCGGCGAAGACAUUGUGCCUUACCCCCGGAGGAUCAACCUAAUCAAGCAGCUGGCCAAAAGCGUCAUCGUGGGCUGGGAGCCGCCGGUGGUGCCCCCCGGGUGGGGCUCCAUCAGCGGCUACAACGUCCUGGUGGACAAGGAGGUGCGCAUGACCGUGCCCUUCGGGGGCAGGACCAAGGCUCUCAUCGAAAAGCUCAACCUGGCCACGUGCACCUACCGCGUGUCCGUGCAGAGCAUCACGGAGCGCGGGCUGUCGGACGAGCUGCGCUGCACCCUGCUGGUGGGCAAGGACGUGGUGGUGGCGCCCUACUACCUGCGCGUGGACAACAUCACGCAGAUCUCGGCCGAGCUCUCCUGGAUGCCCAGCAACAGCAACUACAGCCACACCAUCUUCCUCAACGACGCCGAGUACGACGUGGUCAAGGCGGGCGGCUACAAGUACCAGUUCUUCAACCUGAAGCCCAUGGCCGUUUACAAGGUGAAGGCCGUGGCCCAGCCCCACCAGAUGCCUUGGCAGCUGCCCCUGGAGCAGAGGGAGAAGAGGGAGAUCUCCGUGGAGUUCUGCACCCAACCUGCAGGACCCCCGUUCCCGCCCCAGGACGUGCAGGUCCAGUGCGGACAGACCCCGGGGGUCCUCCAGGUGCGCUGGAAGCCCCCUCCCCUUACCCCCUCGGGAACCUCCAACGGGGCCAGCGUGAUCGGCUACGCGGUGUGCACGAAAGGACAGCGGAUCGCAGAGGUCUUGUACCCGACGGCUGACUACGUCAUUGUGGAGCUGAAGAGACUGCAGGGUCUGGAGGCUCGGGAAGUCAUUGUCAGAACGUUAUCAGCACAAGGAGAGUCUCAGGACUCCUCAGUCGCCUCCAUUCCGCACAACCUCCUGGUGCCUCUGCAUCCCGCACCACACCCCCACCCCCACCCGCAGGCCCACCCGCAGCCCCACCCAAUGCCCCAUCCACAGCCCCACCCACCGCCCCAUCCGCAGGCCCACCCGCCACACCUCCAGCCGCACCCAACACCCUACCCGCAGACCUAUCCGCCAUCCCACCCCCAACCUCAGAUCCACUCUAUGCCUCAACCCCAGCCACACCCCCAGGCCCAUCCUCCACCACACCCCCAGCCCCAACCACUUCACCACCCACAACCCCAACCCCAGCACCAGCCGCACCCCCACUCCCAACACCACUCUCAGCUGCACCCGCAACCCCACCCUCACCCCAUGCCCAAGCCCAAGCCAUUAGCAAGUGCCAGAGAGCCAGAAACCAAAGAGCAGGAGCCGGGCGUGGCUCACCACGGCAUGCGGCUCAACCAGCCCUGGGAGCCGGCUCGCUCGCCCUCGCCCCUCCCCCCGUCGCACGGGCACACCCUGGAGCCCCCCCACUUCCAGGGCCGCCGCUCCCCUUCUCCGCAGAGGAUCCUGCCCCAGCCUCAGGGAGCCCCCAUCCCCAACACCGUGGCCAAAGCCAUCGCCAGGGAGGCGGCGCAAAGGGUGGCUGCCGAGAGCAACCGGGUGGAGAAGAGGAACAUCUUCAGUGAGAGGAGCAAUGCCGUUCACCCCCUGAACUCAGAUGAGGAGGAGGAAGGGUACGAGUCGCCCCACGCCAGGCGGCGGGGGGCGUCGGUGGACGAGUUCCUGAGGGGCUCGGAGCUGGGCAGACAGCCACACUACAGCCACAGCGAGGAGUACCAGACGGAGAGCAGCCGGGGGUCGGACCUGUCCGACAUCAUGGAGGAGGACGAGGAGGACCUGUACUCCGAGAUGCAGCUGGAGGAGGGCCGGAGGCGCAGCAUCAACUCCCACAACACGCUCAAGGCCUACUAUAGGCGCGCGGAUUUUGUGGAGGAGCGGGACAGCUGGGACUUGCAGCGGGAGGUGGUGCGGCAGAAGUCCCUUCGCAGCAAGAGGCUGCACAGCAUCCCCGAGGUGGCGGAGGAGGAGCUGGACGGCGGGGAGGCACUGGGGCAGCGGCUGCGCUUCGAGGAGGCCUGCCCCGGCACGCCGCGCCCCUGCUGCAGGACCCCCCGGGCCUACUACCAGGAGCCCCCCCAGCUCCACGCCCACGGCUCCCCCGGCAAGUGCUGCCGGAGGCUGCAGAGGCAGCGCUCCUCCCCCCGCUUCCCCGACAGCCGGCCGGGCCCGGAUGAGCGGGCCCCCCCGGCGGGCUGGGCCGGCCGCCAGACCACCAAGAGCCCCGACAGUGGCCUGGACUGCGGCAGCGAGGAGGAGGGCUCGCUGGGCCGCCGGGGCCACCCGCACGGCAGCCCCCUGCGGGGCCCCGUCCGCGCCGUCCACUGCGAGGGCCCCGCUGAGCGCCGCGCCCUGGCCGGCGGCCGCAAGCGCACGCUGACGCGCCAGUGCAGCGUGGAGGAGGACUUCUGCGACGUCCCCCCGCUGGCCAGCAAGACGGUCCACGUGGCGGACCUGCGGAGCCGCGAGCUGCACUGCCGCCCAGGCAGGGAGGCGGGCCACCGCCGACUGGGCGGCGACGUGGCCCUGAGCGAGGGCAGGCUCCACGAGGUCGGGAGGGCCUAUCACAGAGACUGUAGGGCUCACUCAGUGGCUCAGCUCAGCAGGGGGAUGGAGGAGCCGCUGAUUUUAGGGAACUCCCCCUCCAUGGGACGCUCGGACCGGCUGGAUCACUCAGGACGGAGAAUGACCCACGGCGGGGGCCCCCCCCAGCGCCGGCCCAUGAUGGUUCCUUCCAUUGAGAUCACCAUGGAGAGUAACAGUGAGGGGAGUGAGGGGAACCUCUCACCUGUCAAGGAGGAUGUUUACUAUGGCAGUGUAGCUCGGCGAAGGAUAUGGCCCGUACAGCGAAGUAUGGCCUCAGAUCGUCGAUAUGACGGCUACGGCGGCCGCGAGCGCCACUCCCCGGAGUACUACGAGGAGUCGGAGCCCGAGGACCUGUCCCGGAUAUUCGUGGCCCUGUUCGACUACGACCCGCUCUCCAUGUCCCCCAACCCGGACGCGGCGGACGAGGAGCUCCCCUUCAAGGAGGGGCAGAUCAUAAAGAUCUAUGGGGACAAGGACACGGACGGGUUCUACCGGGGCGAGAUCUGCGGCAGGGAGGGCCUCAUCCCCUGCAACAUGGUGUCGGAGAUCCAGACGGAGGACGACGAGAUGAUGGAUCAGCUCAUCAAGCAGGGCUUUCUCCCGCUCAACACCCCUGUAGAGAAAAUAGUGAACUGCGAUCGUUUCAAAGACGGGCGUUCAGUAAACCGCAGGUCCCGAAAAUCCAAGCGAGAACGAAACAGGCGGAGCGGGAGGCAGCACCCGGUGGCCACGCGGAGGAUGGUGGCCCUGUACGACUACGACCCCAGGGAGAGCUCCCCCAACGUGGACGUGGAGACAGAGUUUGGGAGGCUGGAUCUGGAGGCCGAGCUGACGUUCUGCGCAGGCGACAUCAUCACUGUUUUUGGGGAAAUCGAUGAAGAUGGGUUUUAUUACGGUGAACUCAACGGACACAAAGGUCUCGUUCCUUCAAACUUUCUGGAAGAAGUGCCUGACGACGUAGAGGUCUUUCUCACAGACAGUCCGUCUCGAUACGCCCAGGACACCCCCGCUCGGACAAAGACCAAAAGGGUUCCACUGGAAAACACUGGGCCGCCCAGAAGAGCCGCCUCCCCCACUGUGCGCCAACACCUCCCUGGCUCCGGGCCCGCCACCCUGGGGCCCGGCAGCCCCAUCAGGGGCCCCCGCGACAUGUCCUCCAAAAAGAAAAAGGGACUACUCUCCAAAGGGAAGAAACUGUUGAAAAGACUUGGCGCCGUGAAAUAAAGCGAUAUACUUAACUGAAGUAUAUACCAACCACAUUCAUAUUACAGAAAAAAACAACUCUAUUCUUUCAUUACUGUAAUUUAAAAAAACAAAUGGGAAAAAAAAUAGCUGUCAAAACUAGGAUUUUCAUGACAACUGUCAACUAGUCAAGUGCUGUACACACAUCUAACUCGUGCUCGCGAAGCACACAGUUCAUGCUCAGUUUUGACUGUAUUUGUUUGAUCUAAAUGCAGGGACUUUUACAGGGGACGGCAGAAUACCAGAUGUCACUAUUUUUAUGCAACCUCUCCAGUCAAGUAUGUUUAUCGUGGAUUCCAAGUGGAUCAAAAUGUUUUCUCAGUUCUGAAUGUAGGUCAGUCAGAGGGCAUUCACAGUAUUUGUUACCUCUCUCUCUCUAUAAAACACACAUUAUUAACUCAGUAAUGAAAAUGCUAUGCCCCCCUACCAUCACUGUUAUUGUUGUUCUUGUAAGCUUGCCUCCAAACAAAUUGGAUGGCGGAUGUUUACAGCCCAUGACUGACUAGGAUCAACGAGGGCCUUAGUAUACACUGUAAACACUUAUCAGAUUGAAUUUUUUAUAUAUAUAUUUACUGGCUUUGGCAUAAAAAAACAAAGCAUAGGUAACAUCAUAUUGAGUAUAUAGUGAAAUUAACAUCCAGAGAAAAGAACUAAAUUCACAUUUCAAGAGCAUACCGUUUCUCUAAGAGGAAUUGGUAAAACACGGUUUUCUUUUGGCUGCAAAAAAAUACACACCCAUCUGGACCAACAGGUGUCAACACUCAAGUCUUGGCUUUUUCAGCUUUUCAAAAGGGAACAUGCCCCCAUCACUCACGACUAGUUCAUCAGUAUUGAAUGGUCAUGAAAUGCCUAGUUGAAACCAGCCUCCAUGUAUUUGCCUUAUUGAUGCACAAUGGUUUGUAUUUUGUCCAGUAAAUGGAGCAAGAGUAGUUUGUAUGUACUGUGUGCAUUCAUGUUAAUGUGUUCCUUCUCGAAGAAAAAAGAAAUGUAGUUUCAAGUUCUGUGAUGAAGUGACGUGGUACUAACUACAUUUCCAUGUAUAUCUGAUUUUGUUGGAGGGCAGAAGGGGGUUGGGGGGGAGAGAUUGGGCUGAAUAGUCCUUUUUUUAAAAAUCCGAGGGGUCUGGGUCUAAUUUUUAA